AGGGAAUAGUGAGUGAGUGAAUGCAGACACAGCUUAUGUCUAUGCUGUAAAACACCAAGGAAGAAGAUGAAGUAGUAGAAGCUACACGUUGCAUCAUAACCACUAGAUGGCGGUAACGGCGUUGAUGUUGAUCCGGGCCGCGUCUACACGAGGAAAUGUAACGUGUCCGCUAGCAAAAUGCUACGUUCAGGUUUGGGGUUACUUCAGUCAUCAUUCCAGUUCACUAAACAGGCAUGCAGAAGUUCACUGGGAAUCAUGGAGCACGUACGAGGUUAUUACGUCGACUGGAGGAUGCUGCGAGAUGUGAAAAGAAGACAGAUGGCGUAUGAGUACGCAGACACAAGACUGCGGAUCAACGCCAUCAGAAAGAACACACUUUUACCUAAAGAGUUACAGGAAGUAGCUGAUAAAGAAAUCGCGGCAUUGCCCCGAGACAGCUGCCCGGUGCGUAUCCGCAACCGAUGUGUGGUUACGUCGCGACCCCGUGGAGUGAAACGCAGGUGGCGUCUGAGCCGCAUCGUCUUCAGACACCUAGCAGACCAUAGCCAGAUGUCAGGCAUACAGAGAGCGAUGUGGUGAAAAUGUCACAGUGAACAAUUCAGUGUCGAUGACUUGUGGCUUCAGUAUGGAGAAGCCAGAGAUCAAAGUGUUCACAAUCCCAGCAGAAACGUAUCAUCCACGUGUGCACAUGAAUUGCUGUUUUUGAAGAUAUUGUCCUGUAAAGUGUGUUAAUAAUCUGGGAAAUAUUUUGUUGCUCUGAGCAUAAUAAAACUUAUUCUGUAUGAUGCUA